UCCGGGCAGGAGCACUUUCGCUUUUUCGCUGUGACAUGCCCAGCCUGUGAGGUUGUGCGGGAGCUUCCAGGAGGAGUUCCCCUCGUGACCUUGGCUGCGCCAUGCUCAAGGGAUGGUUCGACGCCUUCCGCACCGAAGGUGGACCGACGCUCUACGCGUACGCCAACAGGACCGCGGUGACAGAGGACAUGCGGAAUAUUCUCAUCUACGUCUGCUUCUCCACGCUCUUCAUCGCCUUCAUCAUCGUCUUCCCAGGGAUACGCAAAGAGAAGUUAUCAACGUUCAUCAGCGUCACAAUAAGCCUGCUUGUCGGGGCUGUCGUACUAACCUGCAUCUACGGCAGUGACUGGCACGUGGCCAGUGCCGUGGUGUCUAGUCCAUACCGUGCCUUCUCGGCUGACCGCAUUUCCGCCCGGGUCGGCAUCCACAUAGGACUCAACAGCGUCAACAUCACUCUUCGCGCUAUGCCGAGGUAUAGCAAGAAAGAAGAGAUCAACUUCAAUGAAAGGUUCACGUGGCUCGGACCGAUGCAGGUCAAGGAGGACUACAGAGAGGCGCUCGUCAAGGGUCUUCCGUUCCCUAUCCUGACUAUUGCUGAGUACUUGAGCCAGGACUUAGAAGGGUUCUGCUGGGGCCGGCGCUACCGCCUCGCGGGCCACUACGCUUUCAUCCUGCUAUGGACGUCCCUGGCGCUGUGGCUGCUCAUGAACGUGCUGCUGUGCGCCGUGCCCAGGUAUGGCGCCUACGCCAUGCAGCUCACCGGCGCCAUGAUGUUACUCAGUGGGGCCCUCUACUCAUCGCUGCUGCCGGCACGGCCGCUGGUCAUCCCCUUCGAAGGCGGUCUGCUCCGCUUCACUUUCGGCUGGUGCUUUUGGGCGGUGCUCGGAGCAGGAUCAGCCGCAGCAUUAUGUGGGCUCUCGAUUGCUGUGCUUGACAUUUUCUUCCCGAACAAGUUCUCUACAAUUCUCGAGGUUGACUACGACACGCCUUAUCGAUACUUCGUGGGUCAGGACUACGUUACAGACCGCAAAACCAGCACAGUCGCUUCUCCAGACGGCGACAAGCUUAACGUCGCAGGCGGUGAACCCUCGGCUGAAGCGGCGUCCGAUCGUUCAACGGGAAUUGUGAAUGCAGCUUACGAAGACAGCGACGACGGAAGCAUCGUUGUCCACGGAAAGCGCGCCGUGUCGCUGCACAACUUUGGGAAGUAUGCGGCCAAAGAGGAGCGACGGCGCAGCUUCGCGCCCACCAAACGAUCCAGCUUCACAGUGGCGACAUCGAAAGACGUGAACAUCGACCUCCAGUCGGCAGCCAUGUGGUGACCAGACGGCUUGGCAGGCUCCCGUGCCUGUCACCGACGCUCGAGCAACAUCGACACUUCUCAUACCGCUGUGCGGGAUGGCACUCUAUGAAGCUGGGCGUUCUUCGUGCCCCUGGACGAAGGGCUGUGAUGUUGUGUUACGCCGCCAGCUAUUGCUGUUUGCUUCUAAGCGUGCCACAUUCUGAACGCAAGCAUGUCCUACCAUUGUGAGACAUUCUUAUCUUCGGUGUCAGUCGCCGCGUGUGUGUGACGACUUGCGUAGAAACUCAAAGCAUUUGUUAGAAGUGUCAAGGACGCCAGCUUUCCAGCCAGUGGAACAAAUCGUUGCUGGGUUGUGUGUUACAUAUAUCCGCCGCGAACACGUCUGAUUGAACCCUAAAGAAACUAGAAGCGAUUGAUCCUUAUAGCAAUUUUCAGCUUUUUCUAUCGUUUUUUUUUUAAAUUCGAAAAACCUGUGUACUAAAACAAUGGCGGAAGGCUCGUCAUGGCACCUCCCACAUAAGAAAGCAUUUUACCCCACAAUAGAGUUUUGAGUCUCAUUGCAGGCAACAAAUUGAUGGCAUACUAGUCAUGCGAGAAGCAAAAAAAAAACGGUGUGAUGUGGUAGACGGCCCAUUAUAGACGUAGAAUCGAGCGAGUGAUUGCUUUAAUACUCAGAAAUUGUGAAGUAUAACACUCGAAAGGCAUUUGAUGCAACUCAAGUACCACAUUGAAGCUUUUUAACUCUUCAAUGCCAAUGGCUUGGACCAUUGGUUUUCAUUUCUGAGAGUCGUGUGUCCUAGUUAGGAAUGCGGACGAGCAGCGGUCAGUUCUGCUUUAAAUACUGAUACUGGCAUUGCAAGUGACACCUGUUUGCCGUUAUUUGUGUUGUGCCCAUAGACCAGCUGAAAUGCAAACAGCAUGCAGGUUAUGUGACAUCAAUUUCUCGCACAAUGCAAAAAAAAUGCUAAGUUUAUUGCAAACGGACGCAAUGCGCUUGACUCCUAAGUGAUCGGUAUUCCUCACAGACAGCGCAAAUGCGUCGAUUCCAUAUCUAAAGCUGGAGGAACGCAAGUAUGUUAAAUAUGAUACAUAGACAUGCCCAAUAUCCGCAGCCGUAGCAGUUUUUAUUGCUAAUGUUCACUUUCUUCACUUGACGCUGUCGGCACUGCGUCUGCGCUCAGUAGUGCUGGACGACAUUCCUGUAAGGGCUUCACUCAUUCAGUGCGACGCUGCUCGUUGGGCGACGGUGCACAGCGACCUACUUGGACAGACGUGGUAGCAGAAGCGACUCCAGAUGUGAUACUCUAGUCGGGCCGGCACCAUCGGGUACACGUGUCACGCCGAGCUCUGUGGCUGGUCCAUCAGAUGUAGGGAAGACUCUCCCAGCGCGGCGCAUGCAAAAGAGCUGAAAAGUCGGCUACGCGCACUCGUGUUUAGGAACAGAAGCUUUGUGAUAAACAGGAAAUAAAAGGCAACUCACUUGUUUUGUU